AUGGGCAAGUUCAUGAAACCCGGGAAAGUGGUGCUGGUCCUGGCCGGGCAGUACUCUGGGCGCACAGCUGUCAUCAUCAAGAACAUUGAUGAUGGGACAUUCGACAGGCUUUACAGCCGUGCCUUGGUGACAGGCAUCAACUGCUACCCUCGAAAGGUGACCGCAGCAAUGGGCGAAAAGAUUGUCAAGAGAUCGAAAAUCAAGUCCUUCGUGAAAGUUUAUAACUACAACCUCAUGCCCACCAGAUACUCUGUGGCUACCCCAAUGGACAAAAAAAUUGUCAAUAAGGAUGUGUUCCAUGACCCUGCACUGAAACUUAAGGCAAGAAGCGAGUCCAAAGUCAAGUUUGAAAAGAGGUACGAGACAGGCAAAAACAAGUGGUUCUUCCAGAAGCUAUGGUUUUAG